AUGUCUCUAGGGGAGAUGGGUAACUUUGUCAGCUACGGUUUGACACCCGUCAGCAUUGUGGCGCCUCUCGGCGUAGUGACCAUCAUUUCGAAUUCCACUUUCAUUGCGCCUUUCAUAUUUCACGAAAAGAUACGGCGCAGAGAUCUCUACGGCACGUUCGCGAGCGCGGCUGGCGUCGUAUUUAUGGUCCUGUCCUCGGUAGCCGAUUCCCCGGCACGGCCUAUUCAAGACCCCUUUUCGUACAUAGACUCCAUGGUUCUGUCGCCGCCAACACUCAUUUACCUCGCAAGCACGCUCUUCGCGAUCGUCGUCCUCAUUCUCCGGCUCCGUUCCCUAGAAAGGUCUAUGGCAUACAUCCUGCUGCAUCUCUCGCUGGUGGCGCUUUUCGGCACCUACACCGCCAUCUCUACAAAACUGCUGUCCUCAGUAGUCGCGUUUGUGCCAUUCAGCGAAAUAUUCGUCAAUUGGCGGCCCUACGUGUUGUUUCUCGUCAUAAUCGGCACGUCCGGGUUCCAGGUCCACUAUCUAAAUUCCUGUCUCAAGAUCGCCAAUGCCACAACAGUGGUGCCCAUCCACUUUGUGUUCUUCACCACGGCAGUUCUGCUGUGCUCCAUUGUUGUUUUCAACGACUUUGCAGGCAAGUCCGCUGCACAGUGCCUAGUUUUCCUGGCCGGGGCUUUGCUUACGUUUUUGGGCGUGUUCCUAAUCUGUGGAGCCAAAUCCAGCGACAAUGAGCACGGUCUGGCGUGGUCAGAGGUGCCAGCAUACACUUCUGCACACCAACCCGCGCCGGAAACGGCUUCAGUGGUCUCCUUUGACGAGGAGUUGCCCCCAAGACCACAGGGACUCAUCCAGACAUCCAAAUCAACACCAGAGCUCAAUAACUUUAUAGACAACGAGCCCUUCUACAACGCUACCAACAGAAGAAACAGCCUGUUAGAUAUAUAUAGACCCUCUAGAGACACAAGAGAAUGCAGCUUGAAGGACCUUGGCCACGGCUAUUUCGUCCUGGGCGGAGGAAGCGCACUCAUGAAUGCUAUUCUGAAAGACCAAUCGCACACUGCAGAACCCGCAGCCUGA